AUGCUCGCUGAGAUACCAAGUGUUGUCAGUGGUAUUUUGUUCAUCGGAGUAUUGGCAAGCGUAUUUGCAACCGGUCCAGUGCAGGAGAAAAGUGAAGGAGUCUCGGAUUUGACGGCAUCAGAUCUGUUAAGCUCGUCAUUUGUUGGAAAAGCAAACCUCACACUAUUUGACAACAGCACAGAAAACCUCUCGAGCAAAUUUACAUUUCUUAAGUAUAUGCGACAUCCGCCAGAACUCUUUAAAAUCCUGCACGAUAUGUCCAAAGCGAAUUUCAACAAACUCAAGGAAAGUCGAGGAAAUUACAUUUAUCUACCGGCCUUGAUCGGUGUUGCUGCGGCGGUUGUAUCUUUGGUGGCGCUGGCCCUGCUCCGAGCCGCUUUCAAGCACUGCCGCUCUCUUGUGCAUCGAAUACGAGUGAAAAGGAUGUGCCGUGAGCUUCACGAUGAUAUGAAUCUUAUUCAGAAAAAAGCCAGAGAUGAAAGCAUCGAUUCAAUACCUUUGUAA